AUGGCGGUCGCGAGGUUCUCGUUUCUCUCCUGUUUAUUGUAUAUUUCUACAGUUCUAUCAGCCUGUCCAGACCAGGACCCUACACUUAAGCCAUGGUCAAAUGCAAAUUCUUGGCCCAGUGGACAAGUGCCCCAAGAGAAUGACGAAGUAAUCAUCAACUUUCCGGUCUUAGUGGACACAAGUCCCCCUCAACUGUCUUUUAUUGAGAUACAGAAUGGCGGGAAACUCGUGUGGAGCAGAAAUGGCGACCACAGUGUACGACUUGGACACAUCCUGAUCAAAAAUGGAGCGGAAAUGCACAUAGGAAGUGAAGACUGUCAGUUUGACAGGAAAGCCAGAAUUACUCUGUUAGACGAGCCGGAAGGAACAAAUGUUCCCUCAUUUGGUGAUAAAUUUAUCGGGGUUGAAGAAGGUGGGACGCUAGAGCUCCACGGCAAGGACAAAAGGUCAUGGACCAAACUGACAAAGACGGCACCCAAAUAUGACAAGACACUCGGCGAUAUUUACAAGCACAGAGAUAACUCACCAAGUAGGUCACCGGGAGUGUUCGUUUAUCAUUUCUCGGUGUCAGUACCAGAGGAUUAUGACUUGGUAAACGACAAAGCAGUGUUGGUGAGCGGAAGCAUUCACCAAAGACUCGAUUACUGGAACCAAGACAAAGUAAACUCAGCAAUAGCAAACCUUACCAAUUUUUUGAAUGGUAUCCCGGAUGGUGACAUAUUUGCAAUUGCAACACAAAAGAACUUUUUGGGAUCCAAGGACGCAAGUGCCAUUUAUAGCGUCAUGGACGCACUAGGGGCCACUGCAUUCAAAUUGGCAACAACUAAUGACGCUUAUGUGGCAAUCGGCCUUAAAGGUCACACUUCAACAGUUCAGGAAGUGUUAGGAGGUGAUGCCUCUGGUGGCGCCGACUAUAACGAAGCUUCCAUUACUUAUAUUGUACCUAAUAUAGAAAGAGAAAUUACAGUUACUUCGUACAAUCAUGGUGUUGAGGAAUGGCGCAGUUACACGGAAUUCCACGUCAUUAACACGUAUCUAACACGACCUGUGAUAUCUGUAUACGAUGACGUAAUGAAUGAAUGGAACGUGGGAGAUAAAGUAUUCAUCACAUCCACUGACUAUAGGUGGUACCAUGUAGAAGAAUUUACCAUUAUAGAGUGUUCUCAGUGUCCUCCAAAGUUCAUCAGGCUGGACCACUCUCUGAAAUAUGAACAUUAUGGAGAAAUAUACAAGAGAGUGGACAUGAGAGCGGAAGUAGGAUUGAUGACUCGGUAUAUUCAUAUAACGUCGGAGGUUUCCGAAGGAAACACUAACGGUGGGCAUGUCAAGUUUCUGAAAGGAUUUAAACGCGUUGCUGUCGAGGGAACAGAACUCACUAAUCUGGGCGACCCGUUGAUUUUAGGUCGAUAUCCACUUCAUUAUCAUAUGUGUUAUGACCUCGCUGAUCGAACAUUGUAUCCCCAAGAAUCGUAUUUAAGAAGAAACUCUAUACACCAUACUCAGUUCCGAUGUAUGACGAUUCACGGAACACAGUCGGCAUAUAUCACGGACAAUGUAUGCUAUAACAGUGUUGGCCAUGGUUUCUUCCUUGAAGACGGUGGGGAGAGGAACAUUACAUUUUACAGAAAUCUUGGACUGGGACAGAGGCGAUUUAAGGGGGAUACUGUCCUCGGAGUUACAGGAGCAAUUCCAGCCGACAAAACGAAGGGUCCAGCAACAUUUUGGAUCACUAAUCCAUUGACAACUUUGGUGAACAAUGUAGCUGCGGGUGGUGAAGGUAUUGGGUAUUGGUACAUCUUUCCACAUAUACCUACUGGUCCCUCUGCCAAUAAAAACUUUAUGCAACCAGGAGAAGCAAAAAACACAAGAAUAACCAAGUUCUUGGACAACUCUUGCCACUCCCAUGAAACGUGUUUGUUCGUUGAUAAUGAGCUAGAAGAUGACUUGACAUUUGGAGGAUACAACCAUUAUAAUCCAAAGCUUGAUCCCCUGGAUCCAAGUUCCCCUCCUGCUCCUGCCCUAUUUGACGGGUUUACAGCCAGUAAAUGCACCGUUCAGAAUUUAUGGAUUCGUUCGUCGCCUGUCAUUGUCAGAAGAGCGUCCCUAUCAGACAGCCGAUUUGGAGCUUUCCUUUUGAGAGAGGACUCAGUGUGGCAAGUGUUUGAAGACAGCGUCAUAAUUGGACUCUCGGAUAAUGUCGGGGAAAACCUCUCUUUCAGAGACAGAGAUAUAACUGGUUUCCGGUUUUCUAAAGGACCUAUAACAGUUAGGAACACUUGGUUUGGCGGUUUUGAAUCCUCUGCGGUGAGGACAGCGGCAGCUGUUGGUAAUCAGGAAUGUAUGACUCACAAUGACCCCAGGAACUCUUUGGAUAACGUUAUGUUCGACUUUAAUGAUGGACCAGGGAAAAGAUUCUUGUUCAGGGACUGCACAUCCAGAUCUGCAGACGCAGACGCUGUAUUUUCACUGAGGGACAACAAAAAAGCUCUCUCGGCUAGUGACGUCACAAUAGUUACCAAUAAACCAUUCCUGCUAACAAAGGAAUGUAAAAUUAGGUCAGGAUGGAAUGCUGCAUAUUGUCCCUUUUUGUAUGGAAAGGUAUUAGUGACAUACACAGAUCGCUUCAACAGCGAUAUGCAUGUAUACAGGACAGAUGGCAACCUACCUUCCCUACACUUAGGCCUGGAUCUUGAGAAGCAUUUCCUCCCAAUCCUGGGGGGAUCUCACAGCUACCUUGUUAGGAUAGCAGGAUCCCUUCCGUCCACUGUCAAUUUUGACGCUAGAGCGAUUUCAAAGAAAAACAACGUGCUUAUUGCGUUUUGCGUCCCACGAAAUGCCGAAAUUCGAUUUGAGUACCGAAUGGAGAAUUUUAACAAACGCCCAGUUCAUUCAGUAACCUCUAGACAGGAGGUGUUGGAUAGUGACACAGUCGGUACUUACUAUUAUGACAGCGCUAACGGUGUCAUCUUUUUCAAGUUGAUGCACGAAGUGGAGUAUGGAGUCGAAGAAAUUGCCCGUUGUCCUGACAACGUCUGCCCACGUGCAAGAGUUCUAGUGACGUCCGGAGAUCUCACCGACUCUAACUGCGUCAGUCGAUUUAGCGCCGUGUCAGAGUAUACGCAACCAUCAUCGGGUACAGCCACCAAUGAUGACGCUAUUUUACCGGCAACUUCUGCAGACCCUCCAGAGACAUUUGGACAUGGACCGACAUAUCCAUUCUAAAUCAAACGGAGUAGUAGAAUACAAUACGGACAGCUAUAUAUUUACUAAAAUACAUCUCCCUGGAUCCUAUUGAUCGAAUUAAUUUAUCACCCAUUAAAAUGAACCUUAGAGCAGUGGAGUUGU